AUGAACGAUCUAAAUUAUAACGCUGGGAUGAGUUCCUAUCAGUUCGUGAAUUCCCUGGCUUCGUGCUACGGGAAUCAAGUACCAGGACGAACUGGGACGCCGGUGGAACAAAACCACCCUGGCAUUCCGACACCCGGGACUGAUUAUUACAACCCUAAUGCCACAUCGUCAUAUCCAAAUACAUGUUAUUCGCCACCACAAGUCAGCCACCAUUACCCACAACAUCCCUACGCCACACCGGCCUCUGGAGCUCAUAUGCAGCCACAAGCUAUGAUAGAUUACACCCAACUACAUCCACAAAGACUUGCUAACACCACCCAUAUUCACCCACACACAAACCCAAGUCCUGGCGCGUUAUCCCCCAAUAUAAUGACACCAACAAGCCAAACAGCUAGCGCCUGUAAAUUCGCGGACUCAACCUCAACCACAGGAGUAGCUUCACCCCAAGAUUUAACUACUUCAUCAGGCCCGGGACGAACUUCACCCGGCUUCAAUGUUAAUCCAGCAAGCACUAGUACUAAAUUAGGCUUGACAACACCUAUAGCGUCGCCAGUGGAGCAUAAAGCUAAUAUAAAUCAGAAUAUAUCAAGCCCAGCUUCAAGCACAUCAAGCAAUGAAAGCGCUGAAGCUAAUAAUACUAGUACAAAGAACACCAAAUCAUCAGCUAAUGCUCAAGCGAACCCACCACAGAUAUACCCAUGGAUGAAGCGAGUGCAUCUAGGACAGAGUACAGUCAACGCGAAUGGUGAGACGAAACGUCAAAGGACUUCGUACACCCGGUACCAGACCCUGGAAUUGGAGAAGGAGUUCCACUUUAACCGCUACUUGACGAGGAGGAGACGCAUAGAGAUAGCUCACGCGCUGUGUCUGACUGAGAGGCAGAUCAAGAUAUGGUUCCAGAACCGACGUAUGAAAUGGAAGAAGGAACAUAAGAUGGCUUCUAUGAACAUAGUUCCCUACCACAUGAACCCAUACGGACAUCCGUACCAGUUCGACCUACACCCGAGCCAAUUCGCGCAUUUAUCAGCAUAG